GCAAAUGGUCAGUGCUUGACCAACCACAAUGAACUUCAGGCGGCUCGGAGGUCGUGUCAUCCAAUCGAUUAAGGAACGACGGAAUGCCGAACCUGCACCUCCCAAAGAUCCGGCGGAAGCGGAGCAAAUCACAACCGGAUCCGUCGUCAUCCCGUGGUUCAAGAACCAGCUGCGUGACCUCUGCCAGGCAACGGCCCUUCACGGGUACAGUCAGAUCGUUCGCGAAGGCUACAAUCCACUGGAGCGCACUUUGUGGGUUUUGGCGGUCAGUACGGCGUUCGUCACGGCCGUGGUGCUGCUGUGGAUCUCGUGGACCUGGAACGCGGAAACACCGACGGUGACCGUCAUCGAGAGCACCAACUAUGCCACGUGGAAUCUGCCCUUUCCGGCGGUUACCAUCUGUAAUUUGAACAAGAUUUCCGCUAGUAAAGCGCUGGAACGGGCACAAGCCAUGUCACGGUCCCAGAACAUGAGCGCGGAGGAAUUGGCCGAAAUGUUUCGGCUGUUUUUGCACGUGGAUGGAUUGGCCGAAGCGGACGAGCGGGAAUAUCGCAGGUUGCAUGACAUUCUGCUGGAAAACAAUUUGGAGGUUCCGCAGUUGAUGGGUGAAUUUGCGGCUCCCUGUUCGGCGAUGUUCGAGAGGUGUCUGUGGAAGGGAACCCAGUGGAGGUGUGAUACGCUUUUUCGGACCACGAACAGUACGGAGGGAUUGUGCUGUUCGUUCAACUAUUUUGGAGCCAGGGUUAGAGACUAUGAGAAGAAAUCGGGAGGAGCAUUCGAACCGCGUCGCGUCACCGCCAGUGGCUACCAAACCGGUCUUUCGUUGAUCUUGAACCCCCACGUGGAGGACUAUUUCACCACGGACAUCGCCACGACCGGGUUCAAGAUCCUGAUACACAAUUCGUAUGAUUUCCCCGAUGAAAACGGCGAAACCCGGAUCGUCCGCUCCAACUCCGAAACUUUCCUAGCCGUUUUGCCAAUCGAAACCUACAGCACCGAAUACGCCAUGGAGCUGGACCCGGCCUCGCGGAACUGCUUCGGCUACAACGAACUCCGGAUGCACGUGAUGCAGCGUUAUUCCUACUCGAACUGCAUGAUCGAAUGCAGCACCGAUCAGAUCUUCAAGCGGUGCCGCUGCGUUCCGUACGAUCUGCCCAACAACGGAACGCUACCGAACUGCGAGAUGAAGGACGUUCGAUGUCUCCAGCAGAACCUUGAACUCUUCCGCAGUGCCAUCCCGGGGCGUAACAAUUUGUCCGUGACGAAGGUCAUGGACACCGCCGUUCCGUCCCCGUGCCGCUGCCUGCCCAGCUGUGAGAUGGUUCAGUACUCGGUGGACAUGAUUACGAGCGAGAUGAAUCGAACUUUUUCCAACAACUCGGUGGAGUUUUUCAAAGACAUUAAACUCCAGGAUCAAAGUGCGGUGCACAUCUAUUUCAGCGAUUUGGUGUCAACGCGCUACCGAAAGGACAUCUACCAGAACUGGCUAGGGGUGUUGGCUUCCUUUGGAGGGAUUCUAGGACUGUUUCUUGGCUUUAGUAUUAUCACCGGCUUCGAAGUGGUCUACUUCUUCACCAUACGUGUGCUGUUCGAUGUGUGCAUGAAAUCGAGAAAGAAGUAGUGCUGAAACGAUUGGGUUGUUCAUCGAGCGUAGAGAACAUUCAGGCGUAUUAAAGGCGAUUUCAUCGCAUUUGUGCGUUGCGUUGA